AUGAAAUGAAAUGAAAUGAAAUGAGUGGGAGUGAAGAGUAGAGAGAGCGAUGAAGAUUUCAACGGUUUGCAGUGCCUCUGUUACGGUCAGUCUCAGUCUCAGUGGUGGUAGCGGUGGCGGCGGUGGAGGCGGCGGCGGUCCCCUCCCAUUUCGAUCUUCUUCCAUUUCGUUCCUCCGAACAUCCAAAUCCUUUCCCUCCAUAGCGUGUUCUUUGGCUGGGAAUGAUGCUUCUUCUUCUUCUUCUCCCGCCAAGCUCCUUCGCCGAAUCCUCGACUCCCCGGGAGUUCACCAAGGUCCUGCAUGUUUCGACGCUCUCAGCGCCAAGCUCGUUCAGACCGCGGGCUUUCAAUUCUGCUUCACCAGCGGCUUCUCCAUCUCCGCUUCCAGGCUCGCCUUGCCCGACACCGGUCUCAUCUCUUACGGCGAAAUUCUCGAUCAAGGCCGCCUCAUCACCCAGGCCGUUUCCAUUCCCGUCAUCGGCGAUGCCGACAAUGGCUACGGCAACGCCAUGAACCUCAAGAGAACUCUCAAGGGAUACAUCGGCGCUGGUUUCGCCGGAAUCAUUCUCGAAGAUCAGGUUGCGCCGAAAGCGUGUGGACACACGCGUGGGAGGAGGGUGGUCUCGAGAGAAGAGGCAGUGAUGAAGAUUAAGGCGGCCGUGGAUGCGAGAAGGGAGAGCGGUUGCGAUAUUGUGAUUGUGGCGCGUACGGAUGCUCGCCAAGCUGUGUCGUUGGAUGAAGCGCUUGUUAGGUCAAGGGCGUUCGCGGAUGCCGGAGCUGAUGUUCUUUUCAUAGACGCGCUUGCUUCCAGAGAAGAGAUGAAGGCUUUCUGCGAAGUGUCUCCGCUUGUUCCCAAAAUGGCCAAUAUGCUUGAAGGUGGUGGCAAGACGCCAAUACUUAAUCCUAUGGAGCUUGAAGAGAUUGGUUUUAAGAUUGUUGCAUAUCCCCUUUCCUUGAUCGGGGUUUCUAUACGAGCAAUGCAGGACUCACUCAUAGCCAUUAAAGGAGGUCGUAUUCCUCCGCCAGGAAGCAUGCCUUCUUUUGAAGAAAUUAAGGAUAUCUUAGGGUUCAAUGCCUACUAUGAAGAAGAGAAGCGUUAUGCUGCAAAUGCCAGUCCGCAGCUUUCUAAGGGAGAGAGCAGUAGCCUAUACAGUAUACGAGGGAGAGAUCAAGUUGAUACUGAGCAGACAAGUCAAAGUUUCAAAUAUCCCAUUGUGGAAGUUAUAACACCUGAUGCUGGGUACAAUAAAUAUGGUGCAGAUAGUUCAAGGAACCCUUUUUCUGGUAUCUGGUCUCGAACUCUCAGAGUAAAAUUAACGGGCAGAGAUGGUUUUGAGAAACUUGAUCUUAGGAUUCCUGCUGGAUUUCUGGAUGGAAUCACGAACAUAGUUCCUGCUUUGGGUGGCGUAAACAUCAAAGAACUGUUGGAUGAUGCAGCUGAGGAAGUUGGGGGAAAACUCUUGUUAGAUUUUGAAGACAGAAUGGGGGACAGGAUUCAAAUAUUUUUGGAGUGAUUCCACAUUGCUUUUCUCAACCAAUGGACAUAUUGAUUGUUUACAUUGAUGAAGAUGGUGACUGGAAGGCAAUGGUUUAACCUGAACAAGGAUCGACAGCUUGGUUGUUGAUGGGGUACAAGCAUGGUCCUCUCUGCUCGUAUCAUCCGGAGUGAAACCAGAGUUUCAAAUAUUACAUGAAAAAAAAAAAAGGUUUUGUUACCACUAUAGUCAGUUAUGCAAAAGUAAUAAUACGACUAGUGUAACUUUUCCGUCAA